AUGAGACUUUUUAAAACACGAGAAUCUAGACAGGGUGCACCCUCAUCCUCAAACCAUACCAGCAACCAACAACAUGCUCCAGUUGAAAUUUCAUCUCCAACAGAUUUUCAACAAUGUAUUCACAUCAGUGCUGAUCCUCAACAAGAUGUGCUGAAAGGAGUACCUUCUUCAUGGAAAUCCAUAUUGGGAGAAGACAAUGCAAAUGUUGAAUAUGUCGAGUAUGAGGAAGGCACGCCUUUAACCACUUCUGCAUCCAUGGAUACACGAACGAAUAAUGAGAGAAUUCUUGACCACAAGAAUGAGAUCAUUCCUCAAGGUUUUGUCAUUUCCAGACCCUUUGAAUUUAAACAUAAUAUUCAUGUGGAUUACAAUAGUGAGACUGGUUUUACAGGUCUUCCUCACGAGUGGGAAUUGAUACUUCGUUCGAGUUCUCUCACGAAAAUUGAAACUUGUCAACAUCCAGAGGAAGUGUUAGAAAUUUUAAAUUUAGCUGCCAAUGAUUUUCAACGUCCUGAGGAAACGAAACAAUUAGAAAUUGUUUCUAAAAAAAAGUUAACACUUGCAGAUUACGUUUCACAGGAAGAUCCUUCGAAAUUAUUCUCAAAUUUGGUCGAAUUGGAUCGAGGUUCAACAGCGGUCGUGUAUCGAGCUGUUCAUAAAAAAUCUGGAAUGAAAGUAGCGAUUAAGGUGAUGAAUAUGGCGACAUUUACAAAAUUGGAAAAGUUGGAAAAUGAAAUUGCCGUGAUGCAAACAUGUCAACAUGAAAACAUUGUAAAAUAUGUCGGGUCUUACAUUCGUGAUCAACAGUUGUGGAUUGUCAUGGAACUCAUGAGUGGAGGUAAACUGACAGAUGUCAUUUUAGAAAAAGGUCGGUUUACGGAACCACAAAUUGCUCUUGUUUGCUGUCAAGUAUUGAAAUCGUUGAAAUUCCUUCAUGACCAUCAAUUGAUUCAUCGUGACAUCAAGUCAGAUAAUAUUUUACUGGGAGAGAAUGGACAAGUGAAAUUGGGAGACUUUGGUUUUUGUGCUGAAAUAACUCCUCAAGGAGGAACUGGAAGAAAUGGAUCGAGAAAUUCCGUCGUUGGAACUCCUUAUUGGAUGGCACCUGUAAUUAUUCGUGGAGUGAACUAUGAUUCCAAAGUGGAUAUAUGGUCACUGGGAAUUAUGGCAUUGGAAAUGGCUGAAGGAGAACCUCCACUCAUGGACCUUCCCAUGUUGCGAGCCAUGUUUAUCAUUGCUACUCAACCACCACCCACGUUGAAAGAACCACAACAAUGGAGCGGCGUGUUUAAGGAUUUUUUAGCAUGUUGUUUGAAAAAGAAUGCACAACAACGAGCAAGUGUGGACGAUUUGUUGGAACAUCCAUUCGUAAUGAAUGUCUUGAAAGAAGAAGGCAGUUGUGGUGACGGAAUGAAAUUUCUUGUCGAGUGGAGGAAUAAAAAGUAA